AUGCAUAAAAGGUUUCACUUUGAUUUCAUUGGUCUAAUAGAACCUUUUCAAGAGGGGCAAAGUAUUGAGGAGUAUAAAAGAAGACUGAGGAUGAAACAUGCAGCAACAAAUGUAUCAGGGAAGAUAUGGGUUUUCAUUGAGUCAAACAUGGAGGUUACCAUAAUCAGUGAUGAGGAGCAACAACUUACACUCAGGUUACAAAAUCAGCAGAUUAUAGGAGGUGAUUUUAAUGUAAUUAGGCAUGCAGAAGAGAAGCUUGGUGGCUUACCAGUUACUUUUGAGGAAACAGAGGACUUUAAUCACUGCAUAAGUAGCUGUAAUUUAGAAGAAGUUCAAUUUAAGGGAAGCAAGUUUACAUGGUGGAAUGAAAGAAUAGAAGAUGAAUGCAUUUUCAAAAGAUUGGAUAGAUUUUUGGUAAAUAAUAAGAUUCAGGAUCUCUUUCCAGUAUUGGAAGUAGAAAACUUACCAAGAAGCGGUUCUGAUCAUGCUCCCGUGUUACUUUACUGCAAUACUGUUCAGGAGCAGAUAAUCAAACCUUUUAAAUUUUUAAAUUUCUGGCUUAAGAAGAAUUCUUGUAUGGAGGUUAUUAAGCAGAUCUGGAAAGAGAAAGCUUUUGGUAAUCCAUUCAUGAUUUUUCAUCAGAAACUCAAGAGAACCAAGGUUGCACUGACUAAGUGGAGUAAGCAAUCUUUUGGAAAUAUUUUCCAAGAGAUAGCUACUCUAGAGGAAGUUAUCAAAAUUAAAGAGAAUCAGUUUGAAGAGAAUCCACCAGGAGAGAAUAGAGCUUCUUUAUUCAAGAUUCAGGUUGAACUGAUAGUGCAAUUGAAAAAAGAAGAAGAAUACUGGAAGCAAAAAACUGAAUUUCAGUGGUUCAAAGAGGGUGAGAAUAAUACAAAAUUCUUUCAUGCUAUUGUACUGGGUAGAAGAUCAAGAUUAAAGAUUAGCAGAAUACAGAAUGAGAAUACAGAAUGA